CACACCAGUCGAACUUACACUUCUCGAAUAAACAGAGCACAAUUGUCCUUAAACAACAGCUGACGUCCUCAGCAACGACGACGUCAACACUAGAGGCAGUGAAACGACAACGACAUCACGCCAGAACCAUCGCGUAUGAAGAAAAGAAGAAGAAUACGAAGAAGAAAAGAAGAAGAUAGAGAUGACAGGCGGUUUAUUACAGUCUGUGUUGGAACUCAGUCUUCUUUGUAUACUAUGCCCAGCUUUAACAAUCGCAAAUGGUAUCCACAACAAUGGGUCGAACGUGUCUAACAAAAUGAUCCAGACGGUGCUAGCUGGUUAUCACAAAGAAAUCCGACCACACUAUGACAACCGGGGUCCAGUGAUGACCUUUCUGGACAUGUCUUUGCGUCAAAUCAUUGAAUUGAAUGAACCUAAACAGACACUGAGUACGAAUGUGUGGCUUCGAAUGUACUGGUCCGACAAUCGUCUGACGUGGAACUCGAGCGAAUUUAGUGGAAUAGAGAAGAUUAUCCUCCCCUCCACCUUGAUCUGGAUUCCAGACCUCACGCUUUACGACAGUGCAGUGAAGUCUUCGUCCAGCAUGUCAAAGUACAGAGUUUCGGUAACGAAAAACGGUUCCAUCAGCUUCCAGUUUCCGGAACUACUGACGAGUCUGUGCAGUAUUGACACCACGUACUUCCCGUUCGACACGCAGCGGUGUAACCUGACGUUCGGCUCGUGGGCGUAUGACGCGUUCGGCAUCGAUAUCUACAACGUCAGUGACCACGGCAAGUUGUCAAACUAUAAGGAGCACGUUGAAUGGAGUGUCGUCAGACUAACUGCGAUGCGGAUUGCACCUGUCUACUCGGGCGUGUCGUAUCCUUUGAUCAUCUUCAGUCUGCAGAUCAAACGCAAACCGCUGUUCUACAUCAUCAAUCUACUGUUCCCCAGCGUACUGCUGUCGGGCGUGGUCAUCAUGGGCUUCCUCCUACCCGCGGAGUCUGGCGAGAAAGUCAGUCUACAGGUCAUGGUCCUACUGUCCCUGUCGGUCUUUCAACUCAUUCUCCUCGACCUGAUGCCGCCAUCUUCGGAAACGUUUCCCAUCAUAAGUAUAUACUUCGCCACAUCAAUCGUUCUGGUCGGUUUGUCGUUAUUAAUGACCGUCAUAGGUCUCAACGUCUACUUCCGGGGUCACCAAGGUCAUACAUUGUCUUCCUUAAUGAGCACGUUGUGUCUUUCCUGGAUUGGACGACUUCUGUGCAUCCAUCGUCCAGACAAGGCGCGAAAGUCGUCGGUCACAUCCAAGGGUGAAUUAGGGCUUGUGACAUUCAAACGGAGAACAUCGCUCUUUACGAUAAGCGACUGCGACGCAUGCGCACAAGGAAGCGAAAUGGCAGACGACAAUCAGAACGGGCUGGUGCCAUUUUUUAUGGAAUCGAUCCUGAAAUACUGUCGAAGAAUUUCGGCUGCAUGGUUUCGGACAGCUGAACGUGUAAGGAUCUGCACCCUUGUGGCCGACAUUCGACUUUUUAGAUACAGUCGACUCUCCAAGUAUCACAGUAUUUAUAGUUCUGCAAUAUUGCAGAUAGCUUGGAUUGGUGUUUGCUCCAUUGUGCAGUGA